GACCCCGAUUCGCUUGGGGUCAACUGCGAAGUGCUGUGGCUUGACCGGGGCUGCGUCUGUUUUCAGCUCCUGAUGGCUGACCCCGUGGGCGGGCUCCAGCAGCCGUGCCCCUGGCAGAAUGCCAACAUUCCCGCGGUGCUGACCGUACGCGGGAACAUCGGAGAUGCCGACCUGCCACACCGCCUCAACGCCAUCUCCACAUGGCUACAACAAAUGGCACAGAAAGGUGACCAGGAAGUGAAGGUAUCCCGGGUGCAGCCAUGGAACAGUGUUCGUGUCACCUUCAACAUCCCGCGCAGCGCGGCGCAGCGCCUGCAGCAGCUGGCAGAGACACGCAACCAGCAGCUGCGCGACCUGGGCAUCCUCGCUGUGCAGGUGGAAGGUCACCAGGAGGUAGUGUUGAACACCCCUCCCCCCAUCAGUAUGACAGGACCCCCCCUGGCACCCGGCCUCCCCUCCACCGCUACCCCCCAGUUCCCUCAGCAGUCCCCCCAGGGGGUCCCCCGCCCUGCCUGGGCCACUUCCCCAGGGGGACAGGUCACUCCAGGUGAAGGUAUGAUACCUGGACAGUUUUCACCUGUAGGGAACAUCCGCCCUCCUACAGCUGCCCAGGUGCCUGCCUUCAGCUUCACUGCACAGCAGAUGGGCCCUCAGAACAGGAUGCCGAUGCCGUCACCAGGUGGGUUUGUACGGCCCCCACAGGACCAGCUGCCCUUCAGACCUGAGCAGGUGCCUUCUAACACAGGAGGGCCCCCAGACCAGGUUGGUUUUCCUCCGACCCCCCAGAACUUCCCCCGAGGUUUCCCCCCUGGUUUUCAUCCUGAUGGUAGCUCCGGUUUCCCGGGAAACCAAGGACCACCCGGCCCCAUGCAGGGACAGAUGCUCCCCUCCAUGCAGGUGCGAGGUGGCGCGACCCGGCUUCCAGUCCACCACCUCCUGCACAAUGCCGGACUGGCCCAAUCUGCCGGCGGGGGAGACCCUAACCUGCAGGGGAGGGAUGUGACCCAGAGCAGCCCACUGCUGGUCAACCUGCUGCAGAAUGACAUCUCAGGGAACGCCAACAUCUCACUAGCAAUAUCACGUACUACACAGUCUCUCAUGCAGCAGGGUGGCAUGCAGGGAAACCUGCAGCAGCAGCUGGCCAUGCUGCAGCAGAGCGGGUUGCUGCCGCAGGGUAACAUGGCCUCCCCGGGCGCCCUGCAAAACAUGCUGCAGCAGGCCGGGAUGUUACAGCAGCAGCAAGAACAGCAGCAACAACAACAACAGCCUCCGCCAAAAAAGCCGGCCAAGCGCCGCGACCGCUCGCGAGCUCGGCAGCGUAACAAGUCCAACCAGCAGGCGGACGCGGCGGGACUCCACACCGUCCCUCCGCUGCCCUCGCCGCAGUCCGCCAUGUCGGGAUCGCCAGCUUUGUCCGCCGGGUCCCCGGCUCUGUCUGCCUCCCCCAACAUGUCUGCCUCGCCGUCCAUGGCAGGGGCAGGGGGGAUGGCAUCUCCCAGUACACAACACUUCCCCAGCGCCCCCUCCCCCUCCAUCCAGCAGGGCUUUCCGAGUACCUCCUCCCCAUCCCUACCCCAGGGGUUCCCUCGGAACUCUUCCCCUGCCGUCCAGAACAACUUCCCCACAACGUCCUCUCCUGCUGUCCCUCCUAACUACCCCUCUACCUCGUCCCCGGCUGUCCCGCCUAACUUCCCCCCUACCUCGUCCCCAGCCGUCCCGCCUAACUUCCCACCAUCCUCUUCUCCGAUGCAGCCAGGGUUCCCCCCGAGCUCGUCACCUGCCAUGCAGCUGCCCACCAGUACAGCCUCCAUGCCUCCGGGCUUUCCCCCUACGUCUGCAUCAGGUGUUCCACCUGGCUUCCCGCCAUCAUCAGGUGCCCAGCCCCACUUCCAACCUCCGUCGUCUGUCGCUAUGCAGCAGCCCGGCUUCCCGGGCAUGCCCGCGCACGCCAACAUGACCCAACAACAUCAGAACUUCCCCAACAACCCCCCACCAUCCUUCCCACAGGCCAUGCCCGGAUCCUCCCCCAUGCACACCCCCUUCUCCAACUCCCCCUCCCCUACCAUGCAGCAGAACUUCCCCCGGACAUCCCCCUCUCAGUCCCAACCCCCCCUCCCCCCAAACUUCCAAGGCCCCUUCCCG